AAAUAUAAACAAAUUAAAAAAUGUAUCUGAAGAAAUACCAACUCUUAAAACUCAGAAUGAAGUAAAUAAUGUAUUUGAUAUUAUUAAAAAUUAUUGGCUUACAGAUAAAAAUACACCUUGGGUUUUAUCAGCAAUUUCUUUAGCUUUUACUAAAAUGGAUUUUGAAAUUUGGAAUAAAAGCAGAAAUAAUACAAAUAUUAAUGAAAGUGUUUAUCAUAAUAUCAAUUUAUAUGGAACUUCAUUAUUAUUACUUGCAGUAAUUAAAACUGAAGAAUUCGAUAAUAGAGAAUGGAAUGCAGCAUCAAAUUUUGAGAAAUACAAUGUAUCUAUAAGUAGUAAAAAUAAAUCACAAGUACAAAAAUUUAAUGAAGCUUCUAAACGUUUAAGAAAGCAAAAAGGAAAAGAACCAGAAAUAACAAGACAACAAUGGUUAAAGCAAGAGAAGCAGGCAGUUGAAUUAUUAAGACAGAAGGUUGCUUUGGAAAAACAAUUACCUGAGUUAAGAAAUAGAGAGAAUAUUGAUGAAUAA